UACACUAAAUCCUCUUUUCAGGAGAUUUUGAAUAUCUUGUUCCUGAAAUGAUGAAAUACUGGAAAAACGAAAAAGGGGCAGCAAAUGGAACUGUUACUAAGAUCAUUGGGGAGAAAAAUUUGAAAUCCACUUGCAGGGGGCCUGCGUAUUCUUUUCGAGAUCUCGACCAGCACCAACGUUACGAGCUUCGCCAACUUGGAAGCAAGUUCGCUGAAAGAGUAUAUUAUGAAGCAAAGGAUAUUGCCAACACCUCUGCCUGUAUGAAGUACUAUUCCACCAUCCACUCCUUUCGUCACUGUUGCGGCAUUUGCUGUUGCGGCACAAUAUUCUGCAUUUUGCUGAUGCUGCUAAUUAUCUGCAUAAUGGUAGCAUCAGAUAGGAAAAUGUUGAAUAGUGACUUUCUUUCAGCUCUUGUUCUAGUCAUACCUCUCCUCGGAGCAGGUUUGGUCUAUGUUGCACAUGUGCAGAUGUUAAAGAGAUUGAAAGCUCGAAUACAAGCAUAUUCCCUGAGGCAUGUUUUAAGAACCAAUAUCCUCAUCAACUAUGAAUCAAGCCGCUGGAGACCGACCUUGGAGGUCAUGUUUUAUGACUUACAACCAUGUAUGAAUUACCUAUGUGACAUCAUUUACGGGUCACGUGACGGUGGUGAAGCUGUCCCGGACAGAGACAGAGAGUUUCAGGAUAGAGCACGAAACACUGGAAAACACCAAUUACUCUCUUGCAUUGAAAGGAAUUAUGACGAUCUAUUUGGGGACAGAUUUGAAACAAGUGUCAUAAACAGGCAUCCCACAUUACACAAGAAGAAAUGCAUCUGCGAAAUGCUAGAAAAAGAGGUGUUGCAAAUGUGUCAAAACCAAAUAUGAACCCAAUUUAUGUAUGAUUCUGGUGACCACUUGUCUCAAGUAGACACAAAUCUUCAUGUCAUCAAUAUUAUUUUAUUACCGUCACCUUAUUUGACAGUUCUGCAACAAAGCUGGCACAAUCAAAAAUUGGCAAAAAAUCCACAAGAGUGCCCUUAGAUUUGAUUGUGUGAUGGUGAUUGUAACAGCUCACUUCCCAGUCGAUUAUCUAUGUCUGGUUCUACUUUUCUUCAUAUAAAUCGUUAAAGGACAUGACUCGGGAAGUAAUUGAACAUCAUAUCACCAAGCUACAUUCAAAACUUAAUAACCUUAAAACAAACCACCUAUUCCCUCAGGCAGGCAGUAUUAAAACGACGGAGAUCCCCCGGGUUAAAUCAUCAAAGUUCGGGUUAAAGUCAUUUGCAUAUAAGGCUUCUCGGGUCUGGAAUUGUCUGCCGAAUGAGUUCCGAAAAUCAUAAUCAUACAAAGAUUUCUGCAGACUGCUCCAGAAUACGAAAGCCUAAUGGUGCCACUUUUGUUGCAUGUAUAUUUGUUUUAAAUUGAAAUUUCUCGUUAUUUCAAGAAUUUGUACAUUUUCUAGAAAUUUCGAGUUUUUUUCUU